UAGAGAGGAGUUUGUGCUUCGGGGAGCUAGUGCAGCUGAAGACAUGGCGAAAGACAUGGCGUCGCGGAAAGCUGUUUGCGUCCUCGUUCGCGAUCCCGCCAGCAAGGGGCAGGUCAACGGCGUCAUUUACUUUGAGCAAAAUGAUGGACAUGUACUUGUUAAAGGAAGGAUUGAAGGAUUGACUCCAGGAAAACAUGGUUUCCAUGUCCAUGAAUUUGGGGAUAAUACAACUGGAUGUACCAGUGCAGGUCCUCACUUCAAUCCUGAGGGGAAAACUCAUGGUGGGCCACAGGAUAAAGAAAGGCAUGUUGGUGACCUUGGAAAUGUGACUGCAGAUGAGUCAGGUGUUGCAGAUGUGUCAAUAAAGGACCAGUGUAUUUCUCUCUCAGGGCCACACUCAGUUAUUGGACGUACUAUGGUGGUUCAUGAGAAAGAGGAUGAUUUGGGUAAAGGAGGAGAUGAUGAGAGCUUGAAAACUGGAAAUGCUGGUCCUCGUCUAGCUUGCGGAGUGAUUGGACUAGCUAAGGCAUAGAGUACUUCCAAGAGUGACAAUGAAUAGAAACAGCAUUAUAGUAUGUGGAAUAUAAGUGUGUCUAUCGAAUUACUGAGCUUUGUUAUGGUUAAAAAAAAUCUUAUGGCUUUGUUAAAUGGAAUUUAAGCUGGCAAGUCUUAUUUUGUUUAUCUGUUAUUAAAGUGUCUGUAAAACACAAA